GCGCCGCCCACGUUGAAUCUCCCAAGUAGUUGUGAGAUCGCGCUUUUUGAAAUCAGUUGGCUUUGUCCAUUUUGGCCGGGAUCACCUUGGUGCAAUAACGAGCAGUGUAUUUCAAAAUAAACGAAUCUUAGUUCGCGAAAAUAUAGUUCGCGAAAAUCUUUUGCGUACCAACUACAUACAGAUCUACAUACGUAGUGGAAAACAUCGACACACAAUACUACGAAUGUUGAUCGCUACAUAAUGUUUUGUUAUGUUGUUUUAUUAAUAUUAUUUUUCGCUGGAAGUUUCGGAGCACGCAAAACUGAAACACUCAAUACACACAUCAUCAGGCCCUUUCAAGCACCCCUGGAGUCGCAUAGUCCGUCAAAUCUAAACCAUCUAUCUCUGGGCAAUCAGAUUACCAGAACUAAUGAUUACGAUGAUAGUAGCAGCAGGCUCGCAAGGCUACGCGCGCCGAUGCACAUUGUACAUGCACCCAAGACGACGUCCUCUAACCACGUGGAAGACGUAUUCAAAACCUACCAGCCAAGAGAGGACCCGAAGCUCUACUACCAGUCUGAAGCAUAUCUUAAAGAAAUUAAUGGCCAAAGUAUUAACAAAGAAGUAACGUAUAUUUAUCCUGGAUGGGAAGUCAUCCGUGCUGGCGAAAAAUACCGAAUACCGAAGCAUUUAUUGAGAAGCAUAGAAGAUCAUAGAAAACCUAAAGUUUGCGUGAGGUGUCCACAUAAUAGAACGCUAAUUGCAAAAAUUGGUGCAGAAAAAGUAAUUUUCCAAAGUCCAGUAUUAACCACGUGCUCCGGACGGAAAGUUCCCAGAAGCAUUCGGCUAGUCCACAUGUAUGGACCUAAAUUCGGUACAUUACUUCCACAAGGUUCCUAUGUUUUAGUUGGGCGUUUAAUGCACAAGAAUGAAACUCUCCGAUUGUGUAAAUUACAUGUGCAUGUGGUUACUCAAAGCUGUUCAACGCCAAAACAUUUGCUAUCACAUUGUUUAGAUAGAAAUAAACCUUGUAAUUUUACAUGUCGAGAUGAAACUUUAAAGUUACAAGGAAAAUCAGCAUUAGUUUGUGGUGAAGAUAUGAAAUGGGAGGGACAUCUUCCUGUAUGCAGAGCUCGAAACUCCUGCAAGCCCUUAUCGCUGCCUAGUGUUGGUGAAGUCAGCUGUAGAAGCGCAACCACUGACUACAGCUUAGAAAUAAGCGAGGGUACAAGAUGUCGAAUUCGAUGCCCCCUAGGCUGGCGAUGGUCCCCUAAAGCUGUUACCGUAUGUCGUCGUGGGAGCUGGACAAACGUGUUACAGUGUCUGCCUAAGAAAAAUAUGCUAAGAUAGGAUAGGAUACCUUCGAGUAAAUCCUACUGGCUUUUUUUAGAAACAUUUAACAGUAAACUAUGUAUAAAAAUAUGAAAAAUAGAUAUAAAUAUUAUUAACUAGAGGAUGCCCGCGACUUCGUCCGCGUGGAUUUAGGUUUUUAAAGAUCCCGUG